GGACUCGCACGCUGCCUGACAGCGCUACGUGUUCAGUGGCGUGCGUGAGUCGGCUUUUCAAUGAGCAGCAGUGUUUUUUUUUCUGCCGGGGAUUUCCAGCACUCGGGAGGAAGUUCGAACAGGCAGGGGCUUUCCACACAGAUAUGUACUGGCCGCUGAGUCGGAUACACUGCAGCUCAACCAAUACAGUAUGGGGGAUUUUUUGUCUUUAUGCAAUCUUUCAAAUACCGACCAUAUACGCAUUUAGCAGUGGCACCGAUGAACCAGUCUGGUGGAAGUAUUCGUUUUAAAAUACAAUACUGAGAAUCCCUUUGAACUGAACGGUUUUUUUUUUGUUUUUUUGGAACGCUGUCUGUGGCUGUUUUUUCUCCAUCUAACUUAAAGCAGUCCUCAACAUAGUGAGAUUGGACGUCUUAAACAGAUUGCUAUAUGGAGCAUGAGAGGAGAAUAAUUGCCCUGUGCUGAGCAGGUCAUGUCAGCUGGUAGGAAUGUGGACUUGCCUCUGGAACUGCAGACCCAGCUGCAGCGGUUCAACCCGGCCCGCCCCCCCCCUGCGUCACGGCCGGGCUCGAUGCGCUCGGAGCUGAGCCCCUCCCCCUCCUCCUCCUUCAUGCCACUCCACAGGGGGUUCAAGGACCGCUUCGUCCAGCCGCUGGAGCCCAAGUACCGCUGUGAGUCGUGCCGCCUGGCCCUGUGCAACCCCCGGCAGACUGAGUGUGGGCACCGCUUCUGUGAGAGCUGCAUCCGGGACCUGCUCUGCCUCCAACCCCCAGUCUGUCCAGCUGACGGAGAGCCUCUCUAUGAGGACAAAGUUUUUACCGAUGUGUGCUGCAGGAGAGAGAUCAUGGGGCUCAAAGUGUACUGUCGGAAUGAAAAGAACGGCUGCAAAGACCAGAUGACACUCCAGCUUCUUCUAGAACAUUUACAAGACUGCCCGUAUUGCGAGAUCACAUGUCCACGGGCGGAAUGUAAAGACACAUUUCUACGAAAAGACGUGUCUGACCACUUAGCAAAAAAAUGCAAAUACAGAGACACGAUAUGCACUUACUGCAAGAGGACGGUGCUGCUAGCAGAUCAGAAGAAACAUGAAGAAUCGCUCUGUCCAGCCUUUCCUGUUACCUGCCCAAACAAAUGUAGCUACAGCUCUGUUUUACGAAGUCAGCUAACUAACCACCAGCUUGAAUGCCCUAAUGCCCAAGCAAACUGUAUAUUCACUCGCUAUGGAUGCACCUUUAAGGGAUUAAACCAAGACAUGAAAGAGCAUGAGUCAAGUUUCAUGAGCGAGCAUCUCAAACUGAUGGUGGCAAGAAACUGCAGUCUAGAGACCAAGAUGGAGGAUGUGAAGACUGAACUGCAGGAAAGGUACAAAGUCCUUCCCAGUCUGAACACUCGAAUCAUUGAGCUGGAAAACCGAUACGAGGAAGUGCGGGACAAAUCAAAGCAAAUGGAACAGAAGAUCAGUAACGUACAGAAGCUGCUGGGAUCUCACUCUGAGAAGGUGAUGGAGAUAGAGAUGGAGCUGCGCUUGCUCAGGCAGGCAAAGGAUGAGGUGGAGACUCUGAAGAGCGCAGUGGAGUCGAUCCGCAGCCGCGUGGCUGUGCUGGAGGGGAGCGAGAGGGGAGGAGGAGGAGGCGGGGCUGGGACCCACGCACUGGGCCCUCUGGAGACACAGCUGGCGAGGCACGACGACAUGCUGAGCGUUCACGAGAUCCGUCUGGCUGACAUGGACCUGCGCUUCCAGGUGCUGGAGACGGCGAGCUACAGCGGGACGCUGGUCUGGAAGAUCAGGGACUACAAGCGGAGGAAGCAGGAGGCGGUGAUGGGGAAGACCCUGUCGCUGUACAGCCAACCCUUCUACACCGGAUACUUCGGCUACAGGAUGUGCGCCCGGGUCUACCUCAACGGGGACGGGAUGGGUAAAGGCACCCACCUGUCCUUGUUCUUCGUGGUGAUGCGCGGGGAGUACGAUGCCUUGCUGCCCUGGCCAUUCAAACAGAAAGUCACCCUCAUGCUGAUGGACCAGGGGCCCGCCAGGAAACAUUUAGGGGAUGCCUUCAAGCCCGACCCCAACAGCAGCAGCUUUAAGCGGCCGGCAGGGGACAUGAACAUCGCUUCUGGCUGCCCGCUUUUUGUUGCCCAAACUGUGUUAGAAAACGGGACGUAUAUCAAAGACGACACCAUAUUUAUUAAAGUGGUGGUUGAUGCUUCAGACCUUCCGGAUCCAUGAUCUGAGUUGUGAAGCAGGAGAUGUGAAAGCUGCCGUGCAGGGAGGGUGUGCUGGCUUGAGGCCUCUGGGCAUCCUGGACCUCCCAGAGGAAUGGGGCAGGAAUCCGCAAUCGGGAUCAUUAGUGUGGGGCGCUAGAUUGCUGUGAAGGCUUUAGAUAUGGGACUGCUUGGUUUGAGGAAUACAGAAGAGCAAGCUGGUUUUCAUCAACCGUGCUGUGGAUGUUUAGAGAGAAGCUGCGGUCGUGUUAUUGAGGAGACUGUACCUCCUGUGCAGGACUUCCAGACGCACAGUGCUGGGGGAGCAGGGGAGCGAGCCAGCCCCCCGGGUCACACACAGUGCUGGGGGAGCAGGGGAGCGAGCCAGCCCCCCGGGUCACACACAGUGCUGGGGGAGCAGGGGAGCGAGCCAGCCCCCCGGGUCACACACAGUGCUGGGGGAGCAGGGGAGCGAGCCAGCCCCCCGGGUCACACACAGUGCUGGGGGAGCAGGGGAGCGAGCCAGCCCUCCGGGUCACACACAGUGCUGGGGGAGCAGGGGAGCGAGCCAGCCCCCCGGGUCACACACAGUGCUGGGGGAGCAGGGGAGCGAGCCAGCCCCCCGGGUCACACACAGUGCUGGGGGAGCAGGGGAGCGAGCCAGCCCUCCGGGUCACACACAGUGCUGGGGGAGCAGGGGAGCGAGCCAGCCCUCCGGGUCACACACAGUGCUGGGGGAGCAGGGGAGUGAGCCAGCCCUCCGGGUCACACACAGUGCUGGGGGAGCAGGGGAGUGAGCCAGCCCCCCGGGUCACACACAGUGCUGGGGGAGCAGGGGAGCGAGCCAGCCCUCCGGGUCACACACAGUGCUGGGGGAGCAGGGGAGCGAGCCAGCCCUCCGGGUCACACACAGUGCUGGGGGAGCAGGGGAGCGAGCCAGCCCUCCGGGUCACACACAGUGAGUUGAAGGGAAGGUGCUCACCGCAAUGAAUCUACAGGUAAAGGUAAAGGUAUUUUUGCUUUUCCAAGAUGGUAGAUAACACUGAAACACGCAGCGCAUAUGCAAUUUUAACUCUUCAAGGGCAGGCCUUUGAACUGGUUUGUAUUGCUGUAUAUCUUCAUUAGAAUCAGAUUUUUUUUUUUUUUUUUUUUUUUUU